GGGUAAUAAGCUAAGAUACUUGUCGCGAGAUUAAAGUCUAUCGGCAGUUGAAUUUUGGAAACUACAUUGAAAGGUUUCAAGAUGAACCGGGCUGGCCGAAUCGCCGUUUACUUCUGCUUGCUGUUGGUUCUGAACGAGUUUGGACCUGCGCACUUUAAAAGAGUUGGACUGCAUGAAUUGAAGCUGUCGAAGCCAAAGACUGAGUCUGGAGGCGAAAAACGAAGUGUAUUAGGAACCUUUGGCAAAUAUGUUCUUAAGUCUCUAGUUGUUGGAUCAAAAUUUCUGGAACAGGCAACAACAAUAGCCACUAUCAUCGGAACAUUUUAUAACCUUGUGUCCCAGUGCUGUGAUGGCGCAUAUAAACAGACCUGUGAGUUCACAAAAGAAGCUAAAAACAUUCAAGUUGAACUGGAAGAGAAGAAAAACGAAAUGAGGGAUAUACUCCUUGAAACAAAAAAUCUCGAGAGCAUGAUAAUAAUGGCGCAGACAGAGUUUAAUUACACGGUGUUGGAAAUGCAUAAAAUCGGCCAAGCGUCGGGAAGACUUCUGAAAAGCAUAAGCAGCAACAUUACGCUAGAAUUGAACUUAUUGGACAACAAACUUGAGACCCUAGUUCAAGAGAAAGCAGCUUUAAAUCAAACCAUACAAUAUGUUAAAAUUGAGACGCAAUAUUUCGACGUUCUCGAUGGUGUGCUUGGCAUUGCAUUGCCACUGUUUACGACCAUCAUACCAGCAGUCCCAAAACUAAAGCUAUGGAUCAAGGCGCGAAUGGGACGAUACAAAGUUUACGAGAUCGAGCAACCGAUUAAACCCCCAGAUAAGACCUCAGAGAGGUAUCAGGCUAGCAAGAGUUGGUUUGGAAAGAAGGCUGCGAAGAUAACGUACAAAGUCGAUAAACUCAAUUACAAGCUCCAAACUAAAUAUGACAAGUCAUUUAAUCUCGCUAAAAACGUGAAAAAAGGAUUUGAUGCUGCGAUUUCCCUGGCAAAAACAGCGUACAGCAUCUAUUUCCUGUAUAAAGCUCUUACAAAAUGUAAAGAUGCUUAUGAUAAAGCAAAGGAAGCUUUGAUGCAAAUGAGAGAAGCGAAGGAUAAAAUGACUGAAAUUUACAAUGGAGUCCUACAAGCCCGAGAUGCCAUGCGCGAGGUAAMGURCCUUAAAGGCCCAUGGUCAACCAGCAUUCAAUGCGKUCGUGUUUUAGAUUUUUCAAAUAUAAAAAAAUGA